UUUACACCUGCACUGACAGACAGGCACACAGCGAGCACACUUACAGGGAAAACUAUUGUUUGAAACCGAGAGAAGAAGCAGUCGUCAGAGCUCCAGGCAGCCUCGGCCCAUCUGUAUCCCAGGAGGGAAGCUACAUCCUCGGCCACAGGCUACAGGAAGCCAUCCCUCUGGCUGUACAUCAUGGAGGACACAGAUGUGGAACAGGUGACCCUGGCUCUUCUAGACGCGGCCACUGAUAAAGACUCAGAGGUCCAGGAGCAGGUCAGGAAGUCCAUGUUGACCCUGGGAAAACAGCAGCCAGACAGAGUGUUAGCCAUGUGCCAGGACUACUUGCUGAAACACCCUAAGUUGGUGGUGAGCCACAGAGUUGUGAUUCUUCAGACUAUUGAGCUGAUUGUGGGCUGCAGGAUAGAGGAGAUCAGUAACCCCAGGAUCAAGAGUAUAAUCUCUCUGGCCUCAGAUGAGAUGACACGAUCAAAGGAGGUCAUCCCUGAUUGGCAGCAGGCAGCCAGUAAUAUUUUGGUCGCUGUGGGCAACAAGCACAUCAAUGACAUCAUGGAGGAGAUACUAAGCAAGUUUCAGCCGGGGCUCCUUCCUCACUUCUUCGUGGUCAAGACACUAGCCAACCUUUCAGAUUCCAACGUUUAUGGAAUGGUACCCUUCCUCAAUGCUAUUCUGGGCACCAUGCUGCCAAUGCUGAGCAUGGCCAAACAGGACAACAUGAAGUGGGUCUUCUCUUCAGCUCUGUGUCACUUCAGCGACAGUAUCUUGGAGUACCUUGCCAACCUGGACAAAGCUCCAGAUCCCACAGUCAGGAAGGACACAUUCUCCAGUGAAAUCUAUGCUGCUUUCGACAUCCUCUUCAAUAACUGGUUACAAAGCAGGGAGUCAAAGUUGAGGUGGACAGUAGCGGAGGCGGUGGGCUCUAUGAGCCAUCUGAUGGCCAGUGAUAAACUGGAGGAGCAGAUUCCUAAGCUCAUUCCUGCCAUCCUGUCCCUGUACAAGAAAAACAACGAGCACUAUAUCAUUAGCAAGAGUCUGUGCCAAGUUCUGGAUGCUUCUGUCAGCAUGAGCAGCAGAGUGCUGGAGACACAACUGGACAGUCUGCUCUUUGCCCUGCAUCAACAGGUGAAGAAGCGCGUGGUGCAGGUGAUCAGUGCGAUGGCUCAUCACGGCUACCUGGAGCUGGAGGGGGGGGAGCUGCUGGUUCGAUUCAUCGUACAACACUGCGCCUUACCUGACACAUAUCAGAGAGGCCAGAAGCCCGCAGAUCCAGAGGAGGUGACCAACGAGGCUCUGAGGUCGAUGUGCGACAACACCCUGCACCUCCUGACCACCACUGUGGGACGACUCGCUGAUGUGCUGUGGCCGAAGCUGUUGUACUACCUGACCCCCCCUCAGUUCAGCAAUGCCACCAUGCCUCUGUGUAAGAGUCUGAUCGUGCUGGGCAGCAAGAAGAAAAGUAACCAGGAGCCCAACUUCAACAUAGACUUUAGUGUGGAAGUCAAUCUGCCCUCUCCUCAAACACUAAUGGUCAGGCUGCUGGUGAAUGCAGCGUUCCCGUUCAGCAGCAGAGGUCACGGAGCUCCCUCCCUGUCUCUCCUUCAGAUCCUCUGCAUCAACAUCCACCCCAACACAGAGAUACUCUGGGAAAAAGAGAUACCUCCUCUGCUCUCCAUUUUAGAGGAGUCAACAGCAGAGAGCCUGGAUAAGAAGCAGUGGGAUGAAAAGUUGCUGCAGCUCUUGUCUAAGACGCUGUCUACUAUUGAUGAUGACAAGUGGGUGUGUCAGCUGGCAGCAGAGGCCACGAGAUACCUCUCGACAUAUAACAACGCCUUGGAAGAGAAGAGUUUCCUGUAUCAAUGUAUCGGAGUGACUCUCAAACAGUGUUUCAAUAAGGAAGUGGUUAAAAAGCAGCUGCAAGAAAUGCUCCUCACAGCAAAACACAGUGAUGCCAUCGAAAGAGAGGGAGUUGCAAUGGGGGUGGGUCUGUGUGCCAACAGCCACUUAGAGGGAACUCUGGCAAAACUGGAAGAGUUCGGCAAGUCGGACGCCUUCAAGAAGUCACCGAGCAUCUUCAACCUUCUCAAAGAACGUAACGAUGUCGAGGUAGAGAAAGUGAAAAGCACAUUAAUCUUGUGUUAUGGUCAUGUGGCCCUGAACGCACCACCGGAGAAGAUACUGACUCGCAUCGAUCAAGACAUCCUCCGCGCCAUCAGCAAACACUUCAAUACCAAGGUUCUGGGGAUUAAAGUAGAGACAAAGGACCUGACUAUGAAACUCAGUUUGGUCCAGAGUGUUGGGCUCAUAGCCAAAGCCAUCAGUGAGUGUGUGAAGAAACAAGGCUACGUCUUCUCUCGCAAACAGGAGAUCAUCAAUGUCUUGCUGGAUUUCAUCAAGGCAGAGCCAGCUGACUCAUUGAGGACUCCACUACGCCAUCUUGUGAUGACCACCUUUGCCAACCUUACGCCUCUGGACCCUGCACUCAGUGAGAAUGAGAGCUUCGAACUGCUAAAGGUGUGUGUGAACACUGUGUUCUCUCUGCCACCCGAGAUACAAACUCCAGAGAAAACCAAAGAAGAGGAGACACUGGACCCCAAGCAGAGAAAAGCGCUGUACACAGACACUCUGGCUGCACUGCAGGACCUGCUGAAAAGUUUUCUGGCCAGGGACCCCACACCUGAUGGCCUGCAGAACAUCUUUAAGCACAUUGAGUCGUGGUUGAGCUCCGGGCAGGACCACGAGAGAGAGAGGUCUGUCAAAGCUAUUUCCCAUCUGCUGGCUUUCUACCUGGAAAACCUGAAUGUCAAGAACAUGGUGACUUUCCACAACCUUGGAGCUCUGCUGGGCCGCCUGUCUCCCCGAUGCUCUGACCCUCACCCUGCUGUGCGCACCGCUGCUGUGGACUGCAUCUACUCCCUGCUUUACAUUCAGCUGCGCUAUGAAGGUUUCUCCCUAGAUUAUAAGGAUGAAGGUGUGGACAGUCUUUUGCUGCUAAAAGAAAAACUGGAUAACCCUGACCAUUCGGUCUUAUAUAAAACCUGCUCCGACCUCACCAAGGUGAUGAGCAAGCGCCUCCCUCAGCAGCAGCUGACCACGCUGGUGUUCAUGUUGUUUGAAGGGCUGGUUGACAGUCAGGCAAACUGCUGCAGAGCCUCGUCUGUCAUCCUCAAUACUCUGCUGAAGAACAGAGGAGGAGGACUGCAGGAGCUGGUCCCAGAGAUGCUGGAGGUGCUACAUGUGCGUCUGCAGAACAUCACAGAGGAGCAGGUGCGAGUGGCAGUGGGACAGACGGUACUAAUCCUGGCUUCUCAGCAUCUACAGACUGUCGUCAAUACACUAGUCAACCAACCACUGCCGUAUGACAGUUGGACCAGUGAGAUGUGGAUGGCCUUGGGGGCGGACCCCAUCGUAGCCAAUCAGAUCAUGGAGAUGGUGAUGGAGAAGCUUCUCAUCAUGGCGCCCUACGUAGACCAGAGGGACUCAAUGAUGAGAGGAGGGACGACGAAGGUGGCAACCAAUCAGCCGCUCGCUAUGACAUGUGGUCUCAAAGAGCUGUUAUUAAAUGGCCAGAGUCAGGAGCCGGCACUCAGCCUGUUCCCUCAGCUCUUCUCCUGUCUCACUGUCCGACUGGGAGCAAGUGUCGGGGUCUCGGCACCGAAGGACAACAACAAUAAACACACUGCCUCCAUCCACGUAGCAGGGGUAGCAGCUGACGCUCUGCGGAUCUUGUUAGCACGGGCUCAGUUAGAUGAGGUGAUGAAAAGACUGGAUGAGGAUAAAGCCUGGGAUGCAAUGAAGGAAGCAAAUGCACACGUAAUUGGAGUCACACUGCUGGCAAGGGCGAUGGCUAAGCAUGCUGGUCCGAGGCUGCCCUCCAUCGUGGAGUGUCUGUGUCCGUCCCUGAACAACAUCUACGAAUGCCAGAGAGUCACAGUUACUGCUUUCUUUUCUGAGCUGUUAAACCAUCACGUGGUGACGGAGUUGAUGUUGAUAGAUGUGUUGAUGAACAACAUGAUGGAGAGGAUAUCAGAUCCCUGCUGCACUGUGCGCAUGCUGGCUGUGCGAGGGCUGGGCAAUAUAGCCUCGGGAUCACCUGAGAAGGUGAAUAAAUAUGCCAAGGAGCUGCUGGCAGCCAUGAGCUCAGGCAUGGAGGAGAAAGACGAUCCAGGUAAGCUGAUCACCCUUGAAGCCAUGUCAGGUCUUUCCAAAGUUCUCCUCUAUCUGGACAAGAAGAACGUCCACUUAUUAGUGGUCUAUAUCUUCAUGAAGAUUAAACCAUUCUUGGAAAGCGAGAACGAUGAGAUCCGCUGUGCUUCCAUCCAUCUGAUGGGGAACCUGUCCAAGUUUGGCUCAGGAGAGCCGGUCUUCAAAGACCAGAUCCACAAUGUCCUGGUCAGCCUGCUGUUACACCUGGUGGACCCUAACCCAGAGGUGGUCAAGGCGUGUAAGUUUUCCAUGCGAGUGUGUGCUCCUGUGGUGGGAUCAGAGCAGAUCACCACCAUGUUUCAGAACCACCUCCACGAGGACAAGAGCUUACACUACGGAGAGUUCAUCAACGACCUCACCAAGUACCUGAUUCAGGACUUUCCCGGCAUGCUGAACUUCUAUCACAUCUCCGUCAUCCAGUUCUUCAAGAGCAGCUGGGCGGAGGUCCGGGCCGGAGCCGCCAUGUUUAUAGGGUUUCUACUGGGGAAUCUUCAAGAGGAGCAUUUUUCCCACCUCAACAUGGGCACCAUCACUAAAGGUUUAGUGAUGCUGCUCAAAGAUCCAGAUCCUGUGGUGAGAGUGAAGGCUGCGGAGGCCAUGGGACAUUUCCACUGACACACAGAGACAAAGAGAUGCAUACCAAUCAUGUGUGGUGGUAGGUCACCCCUACACAGAAAACAAACUACGAUAUAUAUAUUUAUGGUUUUAAAUAGUCAAAAAAAAUUAUUUGCAGUAAUUAAAUACAGAAACGUCAUUCAAACCAAAACUAUGACCAAAGCAGGAAUUAUGUGCUGUGAAACUUUACCAAUGUUAAAAAAUCAUUAAAAAAAAACACUGAUAAUACUUAUUCAAAAACACAAUGCACAUAUAUUUAGCAUUAGCAGCUUUGUCAAGCCUCUUUUUCCACCUAACUAUGGUACUUGAAAGGAAGUUUCAUUUCGUAGCUAUAUUUUAGUGACCAAAGACUGUGUUGCUGUAUACAGAUCACAUUCAUUUCCUGUAGUGUUUAGCGUUCAGUCUGAGUGACAAUACCAGAGAUAUACUGUGUUCUUUCAAAGAAAUCUACCAAGAUGUUUCUAAUGAUAACAUGCAUGACAACAUUUCCAUAUGUGUGGUCAUACCAGCAAUCCAUGACAGCGUAUUUAAUGUGAGUUUUAGUUUCAGACAAUCUCUUUUCAAAAUAUUUUAGAGUGAAACAGCAACAAGAUUCAUCCCUACAGUCCAUUAAAACUCAAUGAAGCAUUUUAGGUCUAUUAAAUGGAUUGUUACGUUGAGUAAAUUAUGUUGAGGUCUAUAAUAGAGAACACGCUGAAUGUACUAGAGCUACAGCAGGGCUUUCAUUUGUUUUAUGUUUUGGAAUUGUUUGUGAAAGAUAAAAAACUGGAUGGUAAGAUGUAAUCGCUAUGUCCAGCAGUUCAGAUCAUCUAGCAGAUUUUGACAAAUCAGACAGCAAUAACCCAUCAGUAAAUACCUUUUUACUUUUUAUAACCAACCAGAACAGUGUUAGGACAUUUAAGCUUUUUAACCCCACGGUAAUGUUGGUGCCAAGCUUCCAUUUCCAAGCAGUAAGCUCAAACUUCGCAAACUUCCUGAAGUUGGAAUCAUUGCGCUCCAUAUUUUCAUUCCACAUAAGACAGCUAUUAGUUUAAUACACACAGUUGAACUUUUGAUUCUAUUUCCCAUAAUGGGUCGGUAAGAAAGUCAUUAGUGUUUGUUGUUGUAACACUCAUUUUGGCCACAGGGGGCUGGAGUGCACCACUACUCUAUUUUUUGAAAGUGCUAAAAGUUAUUAAAAUGCAUUUCUAGUAUGUUCAAUAACUUGCAAAUACACAAUACAAACUCGCCUAAAAAAAAAAGUGAUGCUUUUAGACCUUUUUAAAAAAAAUGUCCCCAUCUUGUGGGUGAAAUUAGUCGCUUUAUACCAUCUGCUUUCUCAGUUUUAAAAAAAUAAACUAGUGAAUGCUUAUUGCCAUUACAUUUAUUUUAGGAUGGAUUAUACCUUUUCAUAAUUACAAUUUAGUUUACAUUUAGGAUUAUUUAUAUGCGAGGUGAUAAUUCUGUGCAUUUUUAGACAGGCCAGCCCUCCAGACCUAACUAUUCACAAAAAAGUACUUCCAAAUCAGAGCCGCCAUGAAAAGAGUCAGUGCCAAAUGUUCAUUACAUAAUUUAUAACCGGACCAGAUAGAUGCUGUGAAAGAUUUUCUCUCUCACAUGCCGUUGUUUCCAUAUAAUUAUUCCAUUAAAUGUUUCACCUCUUAAUAUCUUACUAUGUAAAUAAAUGUGUGAGCGUUAUACUCUGUAAGGAUGUUUAUACAUGUUACCUUUAUGUCUGCAAACAAAUUCACUCGAUAGACAACAAAGAGUGAUGCAAAAUAAUCAUAAUGCAUUUUUAAUUGAAUUUCAUCUAGAGACAAAUGUCCAAUACAGAGUCAGGUACAAUCAAUGCAUUGUUUGUUCCAGGUUAAUGAUAAUAUCUUGUCUCAAAUGUUUCUGUUGCACUUUUUAGCUGUCAUCUAGUCCCUGAUUUUAAGAACUAAAAGGCAAAAAUCAUAAAUCCUCAAUAGCAAAACAUGUGGAAAGCAUCUCUAUAUGUUUGCCAUAAGAUACCUUUUGGCAUUCUGGUUAUUUAAGACACAAAUGUUUCCCCUAAUGUGACAAGUUAUUUGUGGUUAGAGAACAGAGCGUACAAUAGGCUGCUCCUGGAUCAGUAUUCGUUGCACUAGAUGUUCUACAAAACAGGGACUCGUGGCUUCUAGCACUUUCUAACACUAUGGCUUGGUUAAGGGGUGAAUGGUAAAUAGUAAUAAUAAAUGUUAUGAGUUUUAAAAUAUGUUAUUGACUUUAUACCACUGAUAUGAUUAUCUCAUUUCAUCUACUUGUUUUUAUUAACAAGUUGAAUGCUGUAAAUGUAUGUGUAUGACACACAUUACUGGACCAGAAGAGUGUGGAUGUUGGCAAUCAAAUGUAUUUAAAAUGAAGAAAUAAACAUAUCCAUCAAAAAUG